CAAACUGGCGGCGAAGGACUCUGAAGUGCGUUAUAGAAGAGUGCGGCGCUUCGCAGUGGAAACUGUUUAGUUUUGUUUAUAUGGCUGCAAAAACAGCAGCUGUGUGUUGUUUCACAUGGAGAAUUUUCAAUCAUUUUAGUCCCCAAGCUCCUUUCCGCCCACGCAGUUUGUCAACGCUGAGCAGUCGGCAGUCCAGCUCCAAACAGGGACCCCGGGAGGACAAAUCCCCAAAGAGAUCCAACUUCAGACCUGAAGCUAGCACCACUCAUGACUGGAUUGGUCCCCCAAACCCUUUGUCCAACCUGCGGCCUAUUGUAUACCACAUUCCUGAAAAUGAAACUGACCUGGAGAAACGUUUGAGAAAGCUGAGGCAGGACACAGAGGACUGGAACCAUGAAUUCUGGGCCAAACAGAAUAUUACAUUCAGCAAGGAAAAAGAGGCUUUCAUCGUGUCACAGUUGAAGGCAAAAGGUUUAUCUGCACAGGAUGAAGAAGGACGAAGGCGCUCCCUGAACACUGAGGAAAUGGCAUCAUUUUACAAACGCUUCCUGGAUGACAACAGAAUAAAGCAUGCAAAUUAUAACAAGGAAUGGUACCGACGUAAUUUCACCAUCACCUUUCUCAUGGCCCAGGUUGCCCUUUGCAAUAUUUGGAAGGCAGCUGUUGAUCAACGCAGCGGCAAGAAAAAAAACAAUCACAGUACUUAAUAAAUACAUUUUCACUCACUCUCUUAUAAAGUAUUUUUAUUUUUAGUGGAUUAUGCACUGCUUAAAAUAACUUUCUUCUUUUUUAAAUGUAUUUAUUUUUUCCAGAUUUGUUUUUUUUUUCUUCAUAUGUUCAAAUCCCAUAAAAUUCUCGACUCCUUUGGAGGCUGUGAAGAAAGAUAGCUGUAUACGUAUUUAUAAGUUCAGUUGUCUCUCAUUUUUAUUGGAAUUACAUUACACUUUCCAAAAACCUUCUUGAUCUUCUGUUCUGCAGGCUCUUCCUUACAUCAGUUAAAUGGAUCUUUGUUGUUUUUUUGGGGGGGUUUUUCCCAUACCUGCUUGUACUUCUUUAUAAGCCUAGAAGUUGUUCAUCUGCAGAUUUGUCAUUUCAAUGUAUGAAUUCAGACACACUUUAGAAGUUUUAUUUCUCACUUGUUGCUGUUCAGCUUGGUGCCUGUUUUUGAAUUUUUGUGUUCUGUUGUGUUGAUGUGGAGUGCACUGGACUAUUAUUUUGAGAAGUUAUACAAUUAAAGUUAUAAUGAUUAACAGCAUUUUAAAAA